AUGGCGCAGACAAACCCCAACGCGAUCAACGUGAACGACCCUGGCCUCAUCACGCUCGUCAACAAGCUCCAGGAUGUCUUCACUACAGUCGGCGUGCAAAACCCAAUCGAUCUGCCACAGAUCGCCGUCGUGGGAUCGCAAUCGAGUGGAAAGAGUUCGGUGUUGGAGAACAUAGUAGGGCGCGACUUUCUUCCUCGAGGCACGGGUAUUGUCACGCGACGACCGCUGAUCAUGCAACUCAUCAACCGAUCCUCACCCCAGAAAGCGCAAGAGAACGGCGUAGCAGACGGCGAGAAGAUUGAGGGUACCAGCGACAAGGAAGCCAACGUGGAAGAGUGGGGAGAGUUUCUACAUAUACCAGGCCAGAAGUUCCACGACUUUAACAAGAUCCGUGAGGAGAUCGUCAAGGAGACCGAGAGCAAGACGGGCCGAAAUGCUGGCAUUUCUCCAGCACCCAUCAACCUGCGCAUCUACUCGCCAAACGUCCUGACGCUUACCCUGGUCGAUCUUCCUGGUCUGACCAAGGUGCCCGUUGGUGACCAGCCAAGAGAUAUCGAGCGACAAAUCAGGGAGAUGGUGCUCAAGCAGAUUCAGAAGCCAAAUGCCAUUAUCCUGGCGGUCACGGCAGCGAACACCGAUCUUGCGAACUCGGACGGUCUCAAACUGGCUCGCGAAGUCGAUCCGGAAGGUCAGCGAACGAUCGGUGUGCUCACAAAGGUUGACUUGAUGGACGAAGGGACGGAUGUAGUGGACAUUCUGGCAGGCCGUAUCAUCCCACUACGACUGGGCUACGUCCCGGUCGUGAACAGAGGACAGCGCGACAUUGAGAAUAAGAAGGCCAUUUCGUACGCGCUGGAGAACGAGAAGAACUUCUUUGAGAACCACAAGGCGUACAGGAACAAAGCGUCGUACUGCGGAACACCCUACUUGGCACGAAAGCUCAACCUCAUCCUGAUGAUGCACAUCAAGCAGACGCUACCCGACAUCAAGGCUCGUAUCUCAGCUUCGUUGCAGAAGUACUCGGCAGAACUGCAGCAGCUUGGUGAUAGCAUGCUCGGCAACCCUGCAAACAUCAUCCUCAACAUCAUCACAGAGUUCUCGAGCGAAUACCGAACAGUGCUCGAAGGACACAAUGCUGAGCUAUCAUCGAUCGAGCUUUCUGGUGGUGCCCGAAUCGCUUUCGUAUAUCACGAACUGUACAGCAACGGUAUCAAGGCAGUAGACCCAUUCGACCAGGUCAAGGACAUCGACAUCCGGACGAUCCUGUACAACUCCUCUGGUUCUUCUCCUGCGCUUUUCGUUGGCACAACUGCGUUUGAGCUCAUUGUCAAGCAACAAAUCAAACGCCUGGAAGAUCCAUCGCUCAAGUGUGUCAGCUUGAUCUACGAUGAGCUGGUGCGCAUCCUCGGACAAUUGAUGAACAAGCCACUUUACCGCAGAUAUCCCGCACUCAAGGAGAAGCUACAUCAAGUGGUCGUAUCGUUCUUCAAGAAGGCCAUGGACCCAACUAAUAAACUGGUGAAGGAUCUUGUGGCUAUGGAGGCAUGCUACGUCAAUACUGGCCACCCCGACUUCAUCAACGGCCACCGCGCAAUGGCGAUCGUCAACGAGAAGCACAAUGCUGCCAAGCCUGUGCAGGUCGACCCAAAGACGGGCAAGCCACUGCCACCAAGCGCACAACCUCCACGAUCAGCAAGCCCUAGCUUAGACCUAUCAAAUGGAGAUGGCUCUGGCUUUUUCGGGUCAUUCUUCGCGAGUAAGAACAAGAAGAAGAUGGCUGCCAUGGAGCCGCCGCCGCCAACGUUGAAGGCCAGCGGUACUCUGAGCGAGAAGGAGACUCAGGAAGUGGAAGUGAUCAAGCUUCUAAUCACAUCCUACUUCAACAUUGUGCGGAGGACAGUCAUCGACAUGGUGCCAAAGGCUAUCAUGUUGAACCUCGUCGAACACUCGAAAGACGAAAUGCAGAGAGAACUUCUCGAGCAGAUGUACCGCACACAAGAACUCGACGACCUUCUCAAGGAGAGCGACUACACAACCAGACGGCGGAAAGAGUGCCAGCAGAUGGUGGAGAGUCUCAGCAAAGCCAGCGAGAUCGUCAGCCAAGUGCAGUGA